AUGAAACUGUCUCAUAUUGUGACUGUGUCUGCCCUGAUUGCAGGGGCCUCUGCAAGAGGUAUUAGAGGUGCUUCAGAACGGGCUUUUUACUUUUCGACCUACGUGUCAGAGGAAAUUUUUACGGACGCAAGCAAGCGCACUGUCGCCACAGGCUGCGAGGGGACCCGGGAAGGGCUACGUGGUCAGCAAAAGCGCUGUACUUUCAUAGAAUUCUGUGAUCAUCUUUGGCAUGAAACUGAAAUCCCAGCAACCGGUGAAAUGGACAAGAGGCCCGAUAUUACGAAGACGUAUAUGGGAACGGCUAUCGACAAGAAUAAGCUCACUCUCCUCAACUACGGCCCAGCAGCAAUGCGUGACGGCAUCAUGAACCUGCGAAUGAAACUUGACAAUGGCAAAACCGCAAAUGUCCCAAAAUGGGGAUACUACGGAGAUCUGAACAUUGCGAAUCUCGUUGCGGGGGGUACAGCAGACAAUUAUUUCGACAAGGUGGGCCAGGAGUUUGCUGAGCGCUACUGGAAGGCCAAGGAGGAGUUUGAUAUAGUCUCUGAGCUCACGGGUGACAAUAAGCUGAGUGAUGAGCUAAAGGAUUUGAUGCUUGAUGCGAGCGAGGUGGUGUGGGGAGAGCCUUACAAAGUGUAUGACAAGGAUGCUACGGCCACCAAAUUGGCAGCCACCGAAGGGCUGGGGUUGACCAAAGAACAGGCUCUGACUCUGCUCACAACUGUUUACAACGAACUUCAAGAAACGGAUCUAGUCAAGGAGCAUCAAAGGGCCUUGGCGGGGGCCAAAAAGGCAAUGAAUGUGGCGAGCAGCGGAUGUAUCUAA